AUGGAGAACAAACAACUGCUGCAGGAACCCGACGAAGGGAGCUUCUACACCGUUCACGAAACUAACGUGCACGAUGAAAAUGAGAAUAAGCAGAGUGAUGAAAUGGGAAGUUUGCAGGGUGAUGAAAUGGGAAGUUUGCAGCGUGAUGAAAUGGGAAGUAUGCAGGGUGAGAUGCAGUCGAAUGUAGGGGUAGAGAAGACAGAAAAGCUAAAGUUGCAGCUAUCCGAAUGCCAAUUUGUGGAGUUAGACACACCGGGGGGUCCAGGAGGUCUGAUCGAUGCGAGUGACAUGAUGGGUGAGAAGGAGGUGUUUUUUCUGGGCAGCUCGGCCACAUGUGCUGGGAGAAGUGCCGACGAGGGGGGCAGCGAUCGGGACGAUGGUUGCCACGUGGGUACCAUAUCGGCAGACAGAAGUGUGAAAGAUGGCCAGCGGAGCGACCAGAAUUGUUCUACGCCUAAUGGUUGUACCCCUAGUGGUUCCACCCCUAAUGGUUCCACCCCUAACUGUAGCAACAUCAAAGCGGACUGUUACGUAAGGGCUGGUGAGUCGACUUACCUGAGCAGUUCAGGCGAAGAAGUGACGAAGCAUGGUAAAGUAAAUCUCGCGUAUGUGAAUGGUAGAGAGGAUAGCCAUCACAAGUCGAAGGCAGUGACAGCAGAUCAAUCUAACGAUAAAACAGGGGAUGAUAUACACACCAUCAGUUUCGAUCACGAGGGAAGUUGUCAUCUCAGUGUCAGUCCCAGACUCAGGAAGAGUUCCCUCCCCUAUCGCAGUGACCUACUGAAUGGAAGCGGCACAAAAAAUGGGCCCCAAAGGAGCCUAUCGAGUAGCAGUCUUAACUGGGAGAAAAUGGCCUUCACAUGCGAAGGAGGAAACUCCUAUGAGGGGAACGUACCCCUGCACCAGCGUAACAAGGGAGAUGAUUGCAAAAGCGUUUGUAGUAACCGAGCGGGGGAGAGUGCCAAUCGUGGUGCCAGUGGACAGGUCACUAUAUUGACCAGCUUGGAAAAGACCGAGGCAAAUGUGAAGUUCCUACAUGGGGGAGAAAUUAUUGACACGGAGGGAGUGGUGUCUGUGGAAAGGUCGCUCCCAAAUGACGAGCCUUCAAAGGACAUGCACCGCACGUUAGAAGGUGGAGAAAAGCUCCUCGAUGGCGAUAAGCGAGUGCAGAUGAUGAUUGCUCGAAGGAAGAGCAAUGACCGCCAAGGAGGAAUCCACAGCGAGGGCAACCGCAACUGCAGCGGCAGCCACGAUUGUGGAGAAGCGCUUGGGUAUGGGUUCUCGCAGGGCUCAAACAGCGUAUUGAACGUAAAAAAAAACAGGAAAGAAGGCAUCAUCAAUAGCUUCCCCUUCAGUGCGUAUGAUCCCAAUUGGGGGACAGAAAAACGCAAAGUCGACAUGUGUGAUGAAGGGGCAGAAGGCUUUCUAAAUUAUCACUACAUGAACAUGCAAUGGGGGGGAAAGAAACUUAUCGGAAUGAGUAAUCACGCAGCGUGUCGUAGUUCCGUGGGAGAGCAUCCGGAUGGUGGACACUUCGAGGGGGCCGAAAGGUAUGACGCCAAUUGUAUAGUGCGUAGACAACCAUGUGGGGGCGGCGAAAGCACUAGUGUGUUUGCGCAUGACGGGGUCAACAACGAAGCGCAUGCAGGAAUAUACAGUCGGGGGGGAGAGGAGACCCAUAUGGCAGAAGGAAAUAGACACUCGUCCGUCAUAAGAACGGAUAAAGAAACGACCAGUAGCAACCAUGUACUCUUUGGCAGUGGCAAGAUGCAGCUUAAUGAAUACAAUUGUGUGAGUAACCUAAGGGGGAAGAAAUCCUCAAAUAAUUUCAGUAGUUUGGUGAAGACUCACGGGGGAGACUCGUUCAGUGUGAUGGCACCCCCUGUGGGUAACUCAGCUCAGAAUGACUCCUAUGAGUGUAACGAUUUGAUGUUCACAAAAGGGGAGUUGGAAGAAGCGGCGUACUUAAAAUUUGAAGGGGAGUUCGAGGAUGAUUUCUUUUUUGAGGAAGUCCUGAGUGGGAUUGGCCCCGGUGCAGCGCUCGAAGGGGCGGGUGCCACGAUGGGCGGUGAAGAGUGCAGUGAAGGGUGCGGUGAAGACCGCGGCGAAGGAUGCGGAGAAGGAUGUCGUGAAGGCCGCGGCGAAGGAUGCGGAGAAGACUGUGCAGAGGACAGUCACGCCGAGAAGGAAGAUGACAAAUGUAACGUAAUCUACAGCAACAGCGGCACAACCAACGUGAGCUGCAAUGCGCUGGAAAGCAAUCAGGUGGGCAAGUGUAACGAACAAGCGGCCAACCUGGUGAUAGAAAAUGGGACCUUUAAGGACAGCACAGAAAUGGCACUGACCAGAGGAGGAGAAGAAGUGGAAGGGGAGGAAGAAGUGGAAGGGGAGGAAGAAGUGGAAGGGGAGGAAGAAGUGGAAGUAGGAGAAGAAGUGGAAGUAGGAGAAGAAGUGGAAGUAGGAGAAGAAGUGGAAGACGAAGUGGCAGUGGAAGACGAAGGCGACGACGGGGUGCCCCGUGACCCAUGUGGCGACAGCCUUGUGGACGAUGGCUUUAAAUUAUUCAUUAGUAGUGAGGACAUCAACUUUGUAAAUUUAUGCUCUUCCGGUAGGGGUCUAACAAAUGGAGUUGAAAACGGCGUGGGGAACAGUGGAGCUGAUUUCUACUCGGACGAAAGAGACAGAGGUGAUAAAGCCCGUGAUGAUUAUCUACGUGACUCACCUGAUGGUGAUCGGGAAGACGUGGUGAGGAACUUACUGUAUAGUGACUCCUACCUACACAUGAACGAUCUGGAGAACCUAAGCAAGGAACUCUCCAUCCCCAGAACCAAGCCAUUUUUUUCUACCAACUGCUAUAGCACCUGUGCAGGGGAUAGUGGCGACAACGAUUCCUUCAUGGCAUACAUAAAAAAAUUUCUGAAGAAUAACUACCUAAAUGACCACAAGAACUACAUGGAGCUGUAUUACCAGACGGAGGGAGACGGAGGUGCGGGGGGAGCAGCAGACCCAGAGGAGGAGCAGCAGGGCAGCGGAGCGGCAGCGGCAUCGACAUCGGCAGCGAUAGUAGCAGCGGAAGGAGACGCAUCCACAACCCUCCUGGGCACCUUCGCAAAAAAGGAAGCAGAUGCCCCCGUCAGCGUAGAACCAAGUGAUCCCCAUCAAGCAGAUCGGUCCAAUCGGGUAGGCCUCCAAACUGGCCUGGUGAAGAACUUGCUCAAUUGCAAAGACGUCAGUGUGGAUGCCCCCUCAAGUGCGAGCUACCUGAUCGCUUUGCACCCCGCUGGUCGGCAAGGCAAGACCGCCCACACGGGUUCGCAUAUUGGUUCGCAGAUGAAUUCUCAGAUGGGUUCUCAGAUGGGUUCUCAGAUGGGUUCACAGAUGGGUUCACAGAUGAAUUCUCAGAUGGGCUCCCACGUGGGUGCUGACUUCAGCUUCGAUGUGGAUCCCAAGAAUGACGGCGCGAAGGGUGCACUGGGGGAGGGAAUUUCACCCUUGGACGCAGAUCAGAUGAACAGCAUGAAAAAACAUGACGAGGAGGGGGACUACCACCUAGCGAACUUUGCAUGUGGUUCCUGCAUAAGUCACGUCUUCAAGUCCUUGGACCAGACACACAAUGAUGUCCUUACCGCGUAUGCUAGAGGCCGCGUUAAUCCCCACUAUGACGUGAUAAACAUGGCUAACCCGCGCGAGCACAAACGGGAGUAUCUCGAAGACGAAGAAAACGGCCCUCUGCGCGAAGGAGAAAAUUGGGCCAUGGGUCCCGGGACCCAGUACACGGCCAGAACGGAUGGACUGACAGGCGAGGUCCGAAGCGAGGUUCGAGGUGAUGGAAGAUGUGACUUUCGAGCAAACCAGUUUAAAGUUAAGAGCAGCAACGCGGGGAGCUGCUCGAAAGGAGAUAACGUGUACUGCGGGCAACCCCCCUUCCUCAAUCCUUCCACGUUGAAAAAAAAAGAGGAAAUCGAUUCCCUUUCCUCGUCCGACAAAAAAAGAUCCUUGCAAAGGGUGCAGGAUCUGAACCCCGGAGGAGUGAGCUACCCAAAUGGAGCUCACAACGCAGCUCCGAUGGAGGAGUGCCUACCCUACAGUGACAGCUUUACACCUUACCUUCCGAACCAUCCUUAUGGAGACCAAAUGAACAGCAUGGACGGCAAUAUUAAGGCAAACAAAGGAAUGGCUAGCCAUGUAGAUUUUUACGUAGAACCAUGUGGGGUGUAUUCUAUGGCUAGCUGCUACGAUGCUGGCACUUCAUCUGUUAGACAAAGAAACCAUAUAAAGGGAAACAAAGCAGAUGAGAAGAACCCACAUGGAAUUGUUCGUGGGAGAGUAUCGCCAAGUAACCGAGGAGGGGGAGUAAAUGGUGCCAUUGUGACUGAUGGGAUGACUACCCCCCCUUCCAUGGGAACAACAAUAAAUGGGAAUAACUUAAAUGCCUACAUGGCGAACGCGAGAGGUUCCACAGUAACUGCGCCGUCGGCAUCAGCAACUGUGACGCUUAAGUACACGGAGGCACUAACUCGGAACCACGUGGAUGAUGAAAUGAUGAAUUUUAUUUUUAGUGGCGAUGGAAAGGAGAAGGACGCUCUGAAGUCGCACAGCGAUUGGGCCAAGUUCCAGGGGCUCUGUGGCACACCCAGCAUAGCGAACGUGGCUAAUGGAUCCAUCCUGUGCAAUAGCCACUUUGGAGGCAUUCUACCCUCGGACGGGGAAGACCAUGAUGAUAAUAACAGCCUCAAACAGGAGAGCAGUCAACAGAACGAACACAUCCCAUUUGAAAACGAAGGCUUUAAUAACCUCUCCAACUGCGUUAACACCACCGAUAACUACAGCAGCAGAGGUUUAUCCCUCGAUGAAAAGAACUACACAAUGAUGACCUUUCCCAAGGGGGUGGGUGCCAUCCCAAGGAAGAAGGACACAGACCAUAAUACGCAAAUUUUCGGAGGCAUGAAGGCAUCUAACAGUUACAAAAAAGCGUUUGAUCACUCCAGUUUUAUCGGGAAAGGUGGCUCCUCCAGCCAGGAGAAGGCGUACGGCGGUUUGGGCAGCGGCUUGGGCAGCGGCUUGGAUAACAGCUUCGAUAACGGCUUCGAUAACGGCUUGUACAGCAGGAGGCUACAGAGCGUGUACCACUACAGUGCGAGUUGUUCCCCCGACGCGAUGGGCUGCGGCGUUAGCGCUGUUGGAAGCCACGGGUUCAACUCGCUGCAGUUCGUUAACUACCAGAAUGGGGCGGAAAGAGACAGGGAAAGUAAAGCGCACCACGUGCAUUUGGGAGCUCACCUGGGGGUGACUAUUGGCACGCCGCUCAGCACCAGUAUGAACACUCAUCCACACGCGCCGUCUCACCAUCAAACCGUCCGAAAUUGCAACGACCUCAAGGGGAAGAAGUACGCCAAUGGCAAUGUCGGUCCCGUUGGCGAUUUUGGUGGCAGCCUGUUGGGUGCGAACGGUAGGGGAGGGGCGAUGGGCGGAGCGAUAGGCGGACUGAUAGGUGGAGUGACCCCCCCCAACAGCUUUGCCAGUGCAACCCUAAUGAACAGCGCGCAUAUGAUGGAUUACAGCUUCCCCACCAAGGGGAGCCCCACCUCCCGAUGUGUAUUAGACGGCACAACGCUGGAGACACAUAACCUAAACAGCCAAACGAUGAAAUUCAAUAAUGCCCUUUUGUCCGGCUACUUCAGCAACGGCUCCUCCAUGAUGGAGAACAGCGGUGUGCUUUACAAGAACAAAAUGAGCAGCGAUGACGGGAGCUGCAACUUUGUGGAAAAGAUAAAGGGGUAUGAAAAAAUGAAGUCUGAUUCGAAGGUGCAGAAUGACAGUUUUGCAUAUGACGGUGGGAAGGGCAAGGACCAGGUGGGAGGUCCUCACAAGGGAGUCAACGUCGGGGGUGGGAACUGCGGAAACGGCAUUAUUGGCAGCGGAGCGAAUGGCAGUAUUGGUGCGCAUGCGAACAUGCAUGCGAGUAUACACACGAACGUUCAUACGGGUGGUCUUGCAAACGCCCAAUCGAGUAGAGGCAGCAGCGCUAACGGAGAGGGUCACCCCAAGAACAACACCUGCGUGCACUACGAGGAGAAGGAAAAGGUGCUGCCAAAGGAGGCAACAAAAUUUGGGGACAAGCUAAGCACUGUUAAUGGAAAAAAUUUCAACAUAAAGAGUAGCUACCACGUAGCCAAUGAGUCUCUUUCCACGGAUAGUUUCGUUGUCAUUAAAAAGUACACAGCUAAGUACGAGGUGCAGAUUGAUCCCUUCAACGGGUUCGACAUAGCGAAGCGAAUUAUCGGACUUAAGGGAACAAACAUGAAGAAGAUUUGCAUCGACACGGACUGCAAGUUAAGGUUAAGAGGUAGGGGUUCAGGCUACUUAGAAGGGGAGGAGAAAAAAGAAGCCAAUGAAUCGCUGCAUCUGUGUGUGUCCUGCCAAAAGUACGACCACUAUGUACUAGCCAAGAAGCUCAUCGAGCAACUGCUCGUCAAAAUUUAUAUGGACUAUGACACAUGGCUAUACAACCACGGGAAGCCCUACGCGAACUUGAAGCCGAAGACGUAUGAGAAGUUCAUUCCCCUCCUUAAGUUCCACCAGAGCGGCAACGCCAAGCAGCAGAACGUGAACCAGAACUGA